CGCUCCGAUCCCGCCAUGCUGGACGCUGACGGCUUGCGAGUCGAGCUUCAGCUCGCCGCGGCGGUGCUGAUCCAGGUUCGCGUGCGGAAGGUGCAGCAGCGCCGACAGGAGUGCACCAUCUGCCUCGAGCCGAUGGAGAGGCCGACUCCCUGGCCUGCAGGCUGCGUGCAUUACUUUUGCCACCACUGCGUGACGCGGUGCGCCCACGCCGACCGCUCGCUGCGCUGCCCCCUCUGCCGCAAGGCGCCGCCGCCUCCGGCCAAACCACCGCCGCUAAAAUGGUACGUGGUCGCCACUCCGACUGGAGGGAUGGUCGCCUGCCUUUGCCCGACAGAGCGGGAUGGGCUGCAGGCAGCGAAUGACACGUUUGACCACGAGUUCAGCCGGAUGGUCGAGCUGACCACCGACGACUACUGGCGCCUCCUUCAUCGGCGUGGCCCGCCGCCGCGACUGAGGUUGCGCGAUCGGGCGGUGGCGAGGCUCCGCCUGCCCGGGCGGCCAAGGCGGCCAGCGACGGUCCCCGCGUGGCGUUUUCGCGUCCCGCGCCCCGGACCGUUCGAGAGCGCGCUCAUCUUUCUCGGGGAAGGCGUCGAAGAACUCCUGGAGCUCUUCGAAUGACGCGGCGAGCGUUCCCCACGUGGGGGCGAGGCCGACGCUAGCCGUCGAGGCCCCGUCGCCUCGUUUGCAGAGCACUGCCACAUGUUCUUUUGCUGCCGGCGUGCGCUUGGUUGGGGUCGGCGGCAGCAGCGGGCGCCAUGGACUGUGAAAGAGAUUUGUUUUGUUUUCGAGAGGCGAUGUGCUAGUUUCGAUUUCACGAUG